AUGUCUGCGGGAGACAGCAGCUGCAGACACACACCCAUCAUCAGCAGCAAGGCCAAAGGUUACCAGCAGCUUGCUCUCCAAUGCUGUGAUCUAUCUGGCUCUAUUGACGACCUUCCCACUGGUACAGAGGCCGGAGUGGGCGCUUCCAGUGCUGCCAGCUCUUCCAGUGGCAGUAGCAGCCAAGGGGAGCAGGGAGGUGCCAAUGCCCAGGGACAGUCCCCCUUCUCACCCCACGCCUCUCCUCACCUCCCCAGCCAUCGGAGCGGACCUUCUCCCUCCCCUGUGGGCUCCCCGGCUGGCUCCACACAGUCCCAGCAAUCCCGCACCGGCUCUGGGCCCAUCUCCCCAGCCAACGGCCCCUCUGCUAACACUGCAGCAGGUUCAUCAAUAGCUGCACAGUGCUCUGGAAAUGGACCAGAGGGAAGUCAUCCUCCGGUCCCCCGCUCCCCCAUGGCUCAGGAUAGAGGUUUCAUGUCCAAUGUGCAGAGAAACCAGAGUGGCUCCCAGUUUGCCUGUCCACAGUCUGGACCCCCUACGUCCCCUCACCCCUCUUCAGGAGGCCCCGUAUAUCCAGGGAUGGGCCCCUACUCCCAGAACACCUCGGGCCAGUACGGAUCCCAAGGAGCACAGUAUGGUCAGGGUAACUAUCCUCGACCAUCCAACUACAGCGGCAGCUACAGUGGUCCAGCGAUGAACAACUGUAUGGGAAUGAACUCCACCAGUCCCAUGCAAGGCCAAGGCCCGAGCCAGCCCGGUGCCCUGGGACGCAACAACGGCCCACAACAGAAUCACAACAGAGGCUACCCCCCAGUGGCCCCGAGCUCCCCCAGCAUGCCACAGUCUGCGGGGAUGGGACCUCCAGCUUUGGGCACGGCAAACCGCAAACCCCAAGACACAGCAACAAUGUCUGGGUCCGAUCACUCUACGCAAAACAGGCUUUUCCAGAUGCCACCCACGACCCACUGGCCUCCCACUCGUACCCUUCCCUCACCUCGUCCCAUCCCACCCCCCUCACUGCACAAGUGGCCGGGCAAUUGUCAAGGUCCUGCUAUGAGCCAGUCAAACAGCCAGUCAGUCGUCAACAACAAUUCUUCGAACGCACAAAGUCCAGCCUACAACAUGCCACCCACAGGAGGCGUGACUGAUGAGGUGCUGAGCCCAGAUGCGAAAGCCAAAUCAGAUGUAAAAGAAGACGGCUCAGCUAAUGAUCCUCACAAACCAAAGCUCCAGGACGGUUACAGCAGCACUAACAGCAGUAGUGCAGGUGUGUCACAGCCCACCACACCAGGGGGCGCUCUCCCUGUGGCCUCCCCACUCUCUCCCAGCCCUGCCAGUCUGUCCUCUUCCCAUGGGGAUGACAGCGACAGCAUCAGCAGCCCACCAUGGUCCCUCAAGACCCCCCCCAGCCCUAAACCGAACCCCUCUUCUCUCUGUGGUGAAAGGGGGGCGCGUCUUUUUGAGUUUGGUGCGGAGCCGGAGAGACGCAGCUGGGUGGAGCGGUAUCUGUCCUUCAUGGAGGACAGGGGCACGCCGGUGGGACAGUUGCCAAUAGUGGGCAAGAAGCCUUUGGACCUGUGGAAACUGUACAUGGCCGUGCGUGAGAUCGGCGGGUUGGCGAUGGUAAACAAGAACAAGAAGUGGCGUGAGCUGUCCAGCACGUUGAAUGUGGGCACAUCCAGCAGCGUGGCCAGCACUCUGAAGAAGCAGUACAUCCAGUUUCUGUUUGCCUACGAGUGUAAGAUGGAGAGGGGCGAAGAACCGCCCACUGACAACAGCAGCAGUGGGACAGGGGCCGGAGAGCGGGGGAAGCAGGUCAAGAUCCAGCCUCCGUCACCUGCAAAUUCUGGCGGAUCCCUCCAAGGCCCACAGACGCCCCAGUCCUCCGGCAGCAGCUCCACGGCAGAGGCUGGAGGAGAGCUAAAGCCCCCCACUCCUGCCACCACCCCCCUGGGACAGGCCACGCCACUCCCUCCAAACAGGAGCAGUGUGAGUGUGCAGGACCCCUUCUCGGAGGUGAGCGACCCGGCCUUCCAGAAGCGCGUCCCCCCCUCCGGCCCCUACCAGCAGAGCCUGGCCAUGCCCGACAUGAUGAUGAGGAUGCACUAUGACACCAAGGACCCCUUCGCUGGCAUGAGGAAGAUGGCUGGGGGGGACCCCUACAUGCCCAAUCAGAUGACCGGGGGGCCCAUGCAGGACAUGUAUGGCCGUCCCUCCACUGCUCUGCCCAUGAACCAGCGCACUCCGUAUCCCUACGGACCAGGUUUUGAAAGAAGGCCUGACCAUAUGAUGACUAUGGAAGGAAGCAUGGGCCCUCCUGGAAGUCAGAACAAUAUGGGACCAGCCAACAGUGAAAACAACAUGUAUGCUCCCAACCGAUAUCCCUCCCAGCCGAGGCACGAGGGCUACGGACAGCAGUACAGCAUGCCUUAUGGGAUGCACUCGUCCGGGAUGUAUCCGCAGCAGCAGGCCUACAAACGCCCCAUGGAUGGAAUGUAUGGACCUCCAGCAAAGAGACACGAGAGCGAUAUGUACAGCAUGCCCUAUCAGAACCAACAAUCAGAAAUGUACAACCACUACGGAGGCAGCUACUCGGGCCCAGAGCACAGGCUAAUGCAAGGCCAGUUCUCUUACCCGUCGUACUCUCGGGACCGCAUGGGGCCGGGCCAGAGCCAGCACGGUAUGAUGGGUCCAAGCUCCACUCCCAAUCACACCGAUGGACCCAACAUGUGGUCAUCCAGGACUGACCUAGGCUACCCGUACCAUAACCGACCUCCAUCACAGAUGCAACCGUACGGCUCGAUGGGUAGAGAGGACAUGGAGGGCCGGCCGGGGCAGGAGCAGUGGCACCGGCAGUCCUCCUACAUGUCCUCCUCCUCCAUGACUCCUCUGUCUUCACGCCAGCCUCCCUCCUCCUACCCCGGCUCGUCGUCCAUGGUCAACCCCCUGUCCAGAGCCCCCAGCCCGGGAGCAUACCAGCGCUCCAUGGACUCCAGAAUAUCUCCCAGCAAAGUCCCUUUUAUGUCCCCCAUGAAGCUGCAUAAACCGGGGAUGGGCAUGGUGGGUUCUCAGGGCUCGGGGAUGCUCCAGUUUCCACAUAACCUGAGGAGGGACUUGAACUACCCACCCGGAUCUGUAGAGGCCACGAUGCCAGCUUUAAAGACACGGCGCAAGUUCACGUCAAAGGAUACUGGAACCCCAGAGGCCUGGCGAGUGAUGAUGUCACUGAAGUCUGGACUUUUGGCUGAGAGCACGUGGGCUUUAGACACCAUCAACAUCCUGCUUUAUGACGACAGCACAGUGGGCUCCUUUAACCUCUCCCAGUUGCCCGGUUUCCUGGAGCUGAUUGUAGAGCAUUUCCGUCGCUGCUUAAUUGACAUCUUCGGCAUCCUGGAAGAAUUUGAAAUUGGUACUAUUGUUCAGAAAGCGUUGCCUGAAUGCACAGUACCACAAUCCCCAGUAGAGGGCAGCACAGAGGCAGACGUGGUUGCUAAAGACGAGACAGUGCCGCCUGAGGUCAACAAGGAGACAGAGGUAAAGAAUGAUAAAAAAGAGGUGACGGAAAAGAAGCAAGAUGAUGAAAAUAUCGAGAUGAAAGCGGAGAUAAAGGAUGAGCCACAGGAGCAGCCAGCUUCUGAGCUCGAGCCGAAGCCAAAACAGGCCAGCAAACACGACAAGUUCCCCAUCAAAAUCGACCAGAAGGAGGACUUGAUAGAGGACCUCAUGGAGCGCUUGGGUUACAUCUCAGAGUUCAGUACUGGCCUCCUCCACUGGCAGCUGGGAGGAGGAGACACCACUGCACACAUCCAGACGCACUUUGAGCCACGGACUGAACCUCCCACACAAAGCUGUAAAGGGACAGGAGACGAAGAGAAGGAGAAGGAGGGAGAGGAGCCACGAAAACUCAUCACAGCUACUAUCGACGACGUGCUAUGUGCCCGGGUUGAUGCACUUUCGGCCGCACACCCCGCACGCUUCCUGCCGUCCUACCCCUUCAGAGUGCAUUCCAAUGGGGAGAGGGACCACAUCACGCUUCUGGAAGAUGAGCCUCGGUGCCUGGAUGACGCUCCGCUCUGCACCACACUGGCCUGGCAAGAGUCCCUCUCCAAACGCUGUCUGUGCGUGUCCAAUAUCGUCCGGAGUUUGUCUUUCAUCCCAGGAAACGACUCCAAAAUGUCCCAUCACUCCGCUUUGGUUCUCCUCUUGGGCCGGCUCCUGCUACUGCACCACCAGCACCCGGAGAGGAGCAGAGAGGCCCCCAGCUUCCAGAGGGAUGAGCAGCAGGAGCAGGGCGUGUCCAGUAACAAAGACGAGUGGUGGUGGGAGUGUCUCAGUGUGCUCAGGGAGGACGCCAUGGUGACACUGGCCAACAUCUCCGGCCAGCUCGACCUCUCCCACUACACGGACACCAUCUGCCUCCCCAUCCUGGACGGGCUGCUGCACUGGAUGGUUUGUCCCUCUGCAGAGUCCCAGGAUCCGUUCCCCUCCGCGGGCUCUCACUCACCCCUCACUCCUCAGAGGCUAGUCCUCGAGUGUCUUUGUAAGCUAAGUAUCCAGGACGCUAAUGUAGACCUGCUGUUAGCCACUCCACCCUUCAGCAGACAGGAGAAACUCUUCACGGUCCUGGUCCGGUACGUGGGGCAGAGGAGGACCCAGGUGUACAGGGAGAUGGCGGUGGCCGUGUUGUCGCACCUGGCACAGGGGGAUUCUACAGCAGCUCGUGCGAUCGCCAUGCAGAAGAGUUGCGUGGGGAAUCUAGUGGGCUUUUUGGAGGAUGGUGUUAGUAUGGCACAGUACCAACAGAACCCUCACAGCUUGCUGCACAUGGGACACCCUCCCAUGGACCCGCCCAGCACCAACAUGUUGUGUAGAGCCGCUAAAGGCCUCCUGGCAAUGGCCAAAGUGGAGGAGAACAAAUCUGAGUUUGUACUGUAUGAAAGUAGAUUAUUGGACCUGUCCAUUUCAACGGUGCUCAACACGGCUGUGGUGGCCACAAUCUGCCAGAUCAUCUUCCACCUCGGGAAGUUAUGA